UUUCUCUCACUCCUUUUUUCUUCACUUGAACCGUUUUAUCUCCCCUUCAUCAGUUUUAUCUUAUUUCAUCUAUUUAUCUACCUUUUUUUUUUCUUACAUAUAUUUUCUUUUAUAUAUAUAUUAUUUAUUUAUUAUAUAUAUAUAUAACUCUUUUUUAAAUACAACCCUUUUUUAUAUAUAUAUACAUCAACCAAAUGAGGGAACCCAACUUAUGUUUCCCAUCACAUAACAAAGCGGCUGUUUGCAUCACUUCGGCUCUUUAUGAUAGAAGAGCUUUGGAUUGUACUGCUAGUUUACCUAUGAUUAACUCUUUGACUCAUUUAGCCUAUCUUACUUCAACAUCUCCCCGUAUUCGAGAAAUAUUAGUAUUAGAUGGUGGUUUAGAACGACUAGUACGUAUUUUGUCUCCGCAGCAUCUUGAACCUGAACGCCGUAGUUUAUGGAAAUGGUCUUUGGCUUUUCAAUGUGUGGUCAAUGUUGGUGUUCGAGGUACUGAACAAAUUCGAACAAAAGUGGUGGAAGCUGGUAUGAUUCCUAUUGUCUUGCGUGUACUAGAAAACUUCUUAAGAGCUUUGGAAUUGGUACGGCAAGAAACUGAUCGACAAGAUAAUAACAAUUCUACAGCAACAACUACUAACAACAACAAUGUACGAUCAUCAUCAUCAUCCACUUCACAUAAUCAAGAAUUACUUAAUGGUUUAUUAUCUGAACAAGCUAUACUGGAUUCUCAUCAUUUAGUCAAUACAACAAGAUUACCAUCAUUUCCACCAUCCACAAAUAUAACUACUUCAACCAAUAACAACAAUAACAACCAUACUUUGAUACCCAAUACUGAUGAUAAUAAUGUUUUAUCUGGACGUCCUCAAUCAACUCGUCAACAACAUCGUAUUCUUCGAAAAUCAACUUUUCCUUAUAUCAAGAUGAAUGCUGCUCAACGCCGAAGAAACCGAAUCAACAGGGAAUCAACGAAAUCUGUACCUACAUGGCAAGAUCCCCGGGAACCUACUAUUGAUAAUGUAUUUUAUCGUGAAGAAGAUAUUCUCCUUUCAUUACAAUUAUUGGCUUAUCUUUCAAAAUAUCCUCACAUCCGAAAUCAAUUCCACACCAACUAUGAUCGCAAUGUCUUUUCCGUCGUCGAACGUUUUUGUCAUCGUUUGCAUCCAAAUCCUAUUCAAUAUUGGGCUGGUGUCAUCAUGCGAAAUGCUUGCCGUAAGGACGAAACAAAAGGUGGAACCAGACGUUGUGCAAAUAUGCUUUGUGGAAAAUGGGAAACUCAACCUCGUGAAUUCGCUAAAUGUCGUCGUUGCCGUAAAGCCAAAUAUUGUUGCAAAGCUUGUCAAUCUAAAGCUUGGGCCGAUGGUCAUCGUUGGUGGUGUGUUGAACGUCGUUCUUCUGUACCUCCUCAAGAUAAUACUACAACAAAUGGACAUUCUACAACUACUACAACAAAUGCUACUACUACACCAUCAACAAAUGGAUCAAGAUCUCGUACAACAACAACAACAACAACAAAUACUACCAUAGCAACUGCAUCUGAUCUUAUUGCCGCAGUGGGUACUACUUUAGGUACUCGACCUCAACAACAUCGUCGUCCUGGUACAAUGACUUUGAUGACUGGCGCUACUCCUUUACCAAUGACUAUGGGAAUACUUCAAGAUGAUCCUCAUCCACAAGCUUUGGCUGGACGUACAACAAUCACUCCAUCCAAUAUCGAUAACAAUCAUCAUCAUCGACGUCAUCAUCAUCGACAUAUGUUGGCACCCAAUCAACCCAUUGUUUAUCCAUCAGAACGUCGACCUUCUUCUGGACAACAACAACAACAACAACAACAACAACAAGAAGAACAACAAAACCAAUAUUUGGACGAACAACAAACAUCGACAUCAUCAGCUAUUAUGAUGAGUAACUCUCCUUUGCCCAAUAGUGGUAUAACGUUGAUGGAACAAGAAUUAGGUGAUCAAAGUCAAAAUGGAUCUACAGAAAGCUCAGAUAAUCCCCUCUUGAUGGAUGUUGGUGUGCACAUGGAACUAUGAUGAUGAUUGGAUUCUAUUGUGUGUGUUUAUUUAUUUUUUCCUCCAUUCGUGUACACCUCUUUAUAUUUUUAUUUUUUAUUCCAAUCCUUCUUAUGUUGUGAUACCUCCCACAUUAGUUUGAUCGAUAUCUUUAUCUGUCUAUUUUCUCCUCCUAUUCAAUUAGUCUUUUAUUAUUGCACUCUUCUUUCGUAUGCAAACUUUUUUACUUUCAUUUAUGAACCUUUUUUUUUUUUUAUUUAUUUAUU